UGCUGUGCGCGUGCCCGCGCUGGCAGGGGGCGCGCUUUGACGUCAGGAAGUGUCGCCGUGCUCUCGCUUUCGGCAGCUGCUGCUAGAAUUGAGCCUGCAGAGGACGGGAGUAGAGAAACAGCAAACAUGGCAACGGGGACGGCAGAGGCAGAGACCAGGCAGAAGCUGCUGAAGACAGUGAAGAAGGAGGUUAAACAGAUCAUGGAAGAAGCUGUUACCAGGAAAUUUGUUCAUGAAGACAGCAGCCAUAUCAUCUCAUUCUGUGCUGCAGUUGAAGCUUGUGUUCUGUAUGGCUUGAAACGUAGAGCUGCUGGUUUCCUACGUAGUAACAAAAUUGCUGCCUUGUUCAUGAAAGUGGCAAAGAGCUUUCCUCUGGCAGAAGAACUUUGUAAGAAAGUGCAAGAUCUUGAACAGCUUUUGGAAAACAAGAAGAAUCAGAUGCAAGGUGUCCAGGAGAGUGUACGUAAGGCACAGAAGCUCCUUAACCUGUCUCCACAAGCCAUUAAACACCUUUGGAUUCGAACUGCCCUCAUUGAAAAGGUGUUAGAUAAAAUUGUCCUUUACCUGGUGGAGAACUGCAACAAAUAUUAUGAAAAAGAAGCACUUUUAAUGGAUCCUGUGGAUGGUCCAAUCCUUGCCUCUUUGUUGGUUGGCCCGUGUGCUCUGGAAUACACAAAGAUGAAAACUGCUGACCACUUUUGGACAGACCCAUCUGCAGAUGAGCUGGUUCAGAGACACCGCAUCCAUAGCUCUUACUGUCGGCAAGACUCUCCCACUAAGAGGCCUGCCCUAUGUAUUCAAAAGCGGCACUCCAGUGGAAGUAUGGAUGACAGACCAUCAAUGUCAGCACGUGAUUAUGUUGAGUCAUUACACCAAAAUUCCAGAGCUACUCUGCUUUAUGGAAAGAACAAUGUCAUGGUUCAGCCGAGAGAUGACAUGGAAGCAAUUCCAGGAUAUUUAUCCCUUCACCAUUCCGCAGAUACAAUGACUUUGAAAUGGACACCAAAUCAACUCAUGAACGGAUCAGUUGGAGAUUUAGAUUAUGAAAAAAGUGUCUACUGGGACUACGCAAUGACAAUACGUCUGGAGGAAAUUGUGUAUUUGCACUGUCACCAACAAGUAGAUAGUGGAGGAACAGUGGUCCUUGUGAGUCAGGAUGGUAUACAGAGGCCACCACUUAGGUUUCCACGGGGUGGACACCUGCUGCAGUUUCUUUCAUGUUUGGAGAAUGGCCUUCUUCCACAUGGACAGCUGGAUCCUCCUCUAUGGUCUCAAAGAGGGAAGGGAAAGGUCUUUCCCAAACUGAGAAAGAGAAGUCCUCAGGGUUCCUCAGAAUCUGCAUCAGACAAAGAAGAAGAUGAAGCUACAGAUUAUGUUUUCAGAAUUAUUUAUCCAGGGAGUCAGUGUGAGUUUGUAGCUCAGGAACUUAUAGAUCCCCAGGGAGAGGGACUGCCUUCUAUGUGGCAACCAAGCACACGAAAAUCCUCCUGCUCAUCCUGUUCACAAAGUGGAUCAUCAGAUGGAGGACCCUCCAAUGGCUGUAACCAUGAGAGAACUCCGCUUAAGAUGCUUUGCGACAAUAUGAAGUACCAGAUUGUUUCUCGGGCAUUUUAUGGAUGGCUUGCCUACUGCAGACACCUUUCUACUGUGAGAACACACUUAUCGGCGCUGGUUAAUCAUAAGAUUGUGUAUCCCGACAUACCUGUUGAUACCAACUUUGGGCUGACUGUGGCAAUCUGGCAAAAAUAUUUAGAAGAUAGUAAGAACUAUGAAGAGCAGGAGCUUUUACGUCUGAUUUACUAUGGAGGUAUUCAACAUGAGAUCAGGAGAGACGUUUGGCCUUUUCUUCUUGGACACUAUCAAUUUGGCAUGACAGAAGAAGAGAGAAGAGAGGUGGAUGAUCAAAUACGUGCUUGCUAUGAGCAAACAAUGGCAGAAUGGUUGGGUUGCGAGGCUAUUGUUAGGCAACGAGAGAAGGAAUCUCAUGCAGCUGCUCUUUUAAAGUGUUCUUCGGGGGCCAGUCUAGAUAUCCAAAUCCAAAGGAUGAUGCACAGGGACUCGACAGUCAGCACUGAGUCCUCUCAAAGCUGCAGCUCCGAUAGACAAAAUCAUGCCCGCUUGCAGAGUGAUUCCAGCUCUAGUACACAGGUGUUUGAGUCAGUAGAAGAAGCAGAACAAAUAGAAGCCAGAAGUGAGGACAGCAAACCUACUAAGAUAUCUAACGGAACUGUUGCUAAUGGAACCUGCUCUCCGGAUUCAGGUCAUCCUUCUUCACGAAAUUUCUCCAUUACCUCUGGGUAUUCUGAACAUAGUUUUAGCACAGAUGACAAUGCUUCUCUAGAGACCAACAAAAACUCCCUGCACUUGCACAUGAAACAGGGGAUUGCUGAGGUAAAAAAACAAACCACCUCAGAUAUUAUCCUUCCAGAUAACAAGACAGCAGAAGUGCUUCCCAUUCAGGACAGCUUGGAUGGAGAGGUGACCACUAAUGAGAGCCUGGAUGAUUUUCUUUCCAUUACUGAGAGCACAGACGAUCUCCUGCCAGACAAGGAGACAGCUAUGCUCUCUGUUGUAGAAGCGUGGCCAGACAGUGAAGCAGAUAAAGAGAGCCUAGUAGGAAGUGAAGAUAACUUGUCUGAAGAACCAGAGAUGGAGAGUUUAUAUCCACAGCUUGACUCACUGGUGGUCAUUGAUGCUACGGUGUGUGAGAUGUCUCCUGUUUCUUCAACAGGAGUGACGUAUUCACAAGAACUCUUGGACAUGUACACCAUAAAUCUUCAUCGCAUAGAAAAGGACGUGCAGAGAUGUGAUCGCAACUACUGGUAUUUCACACCAGCCAACCUGGAGAAGCUACGCAACGUCAUGUGCAGCUAUGUCUGGCAGCACAUUGAGAUCGGAUAUGUUCAAGGCAUGUGUGAUCUCCUGGCUCCUCUCUUGGUGAUACUAGAUGAUGAGGCAAAGGCCUUCAGCUGUUUUACUGAAUUGAUGAAGAGGAUGAACCAGAAUUUUCCUCAUGGAGGUGCCAUGGACACACAUUUUGCCAACAUGAGAUCUCUGAUACAGAUUUUGGAUUCAGAACUUUUUGAACUUAUGCAUCAAAAUGGUGACUACACUCACUUCUACUUCUGUUACCGCUGGUUCCUUCUCGACUUCAAACGGGAAUUGGUAUAUGAUGAUGUCUUCUCAGUUUGGGAGACCAUUUGGGCAGCCAAGCAUGUCUCUUCUUCCCACUUUGUCCUGUUCAUUGCCUUAGCUUUAGUGGAGGUUUAUCGAGAUAUUAUCCUUGAGAACAAUAUGGACUUUACAGAUAUAAUCAAAUUCUUUAAUGAGAUGGCCGAGAGGCACAAUAUAAAGCACAUCCUGAAGCUUGCUCAAGAUUUGGUAUACAAGGUCCAGACUCUGAUAGAAAAUAAAUAAGAAGAAGCACAUCUUCAAAUACACGUUGCCAUCUGUACUGCCAUGGAUCCCUGAAGUUCAUCCUCUGCAAUGCAGCCCUGCAUCUCUGGGUCAAAGGGUUAUACACUUCAUUGAUUUAAGCAAGUUCCACAAAGAGAAGCCACUUUUAGUAGCAGAAGAAA